AUGUCGCUAAUCCCUGAGCAAGUGCAUUUAUCGCUGGCAGACGAUCCCACCAGUAUGAAAGUGCAGUUUGUUACCUUACACGAUGUUCUAAGUGCUCCGUCAGUGUUGUAUAGUUUUGACGAUGGGAUCUUGAACCGAGUGGAACCCGCUACAGUCAAGAAGUUUGUCUACGAUAAUGUUGUAAGGUACAUCUACACUGCCGAACUUAAAAAUUUGCCACCUAAGACAAAUGUUAGUAAGUGAUUACAAAUUGUAAAGUAAUAUUAUGGUUACGAAUAUAUUUUCCCACUGAAGGGUACAAAGUUGGAUCAGUUGAAGAAUGGUACCCUCAGGCACAAAGUUUCAACUUCACCACAUUCCCCGAAGGCAAUGACUUCCCAUAUAGGAUGUGUAUUAUGGGCGACUUGGGUGUCUUCAAAGGAGAUUCCCUGCCUUAUCUAAUUCAAGAUGCCCAACAAGGACUCUAUGAUAUACUGGUUCAUGUCGGGGAUAUUGCCUACGAUCUCCAUACCAAUUCUGGAUAUGUUGGAGACGAAUUUAUGCGGGGAUUGGAGCCAGCAGUCGCCCAUGUUCCGUAUAUUGUAAUUGCCGGAAACCAUGAAGAUGACAAGUUUAAUUUCAGCAACUACAGAUACAGAUUUGACAUGCCAAAUGAUCCUUUCGGAGAUAAUCAGUUUUACAGGUAUAUAUGUCUAAUAUAUCAUGGUGACAUUAUGUUAGUUUUGAUCUAGGACCAGUCCAUUUUAUUGGGAUCAGCACCGAAUUCUAUGGAUUCUUCUACGAAUAUGGUCAGGAAUCCGUAUUCACUCAAUACAACUGGCUAAUAGACGACCUAAAGGUAGGUGUGACAUAAUUCCUAUUCGUAGUUUAGAAAGCAAAUGCCAAUCGAGAGAACGUUCCUUUUAUUGUCAGCUGGCAGCAUCGUCCCUUCUACUGUUCCAACUCCAAUUCUUUCGAAUGUUCGAGCUUCGAAAACUCCCUGGUAAGCCAUCGAACUCUAAUAUCCAUGCCCUACAUCCCUCCUUUUCCUCACUUGUUUACUUAUUUUCCCUUUCUAUCAGAUUCGGAAAGGAUUCCAAGAUAUGCCAGGAUUAGAGGAUGUGUUUAUCGAAUACGGGAUGGAUAUCGCGUUCUGGGGUCACGAGCAUUCCUACGAGAGGUUCUAUCCCAUCUUCAACCGGACGGCCUAUAAGUCCAGCGAUGUCUCGGACGAUCCUUAUGACAAUCCCGUGGCCCCCACAUAUAUCAUCACAGGCUCGGCCGGAUGUCAUUCCACUCCCGCUGCCUUCGCCGAAGUGCCGGUCAAUCAUAGCGCGUUCAGGUGAGACAAGACGAACACAACAAUAUUACACUAGACAUAAAUAAAAAGAUUACUUUAGGUCCGAAGACUUCGGAUAUACAAUUAUGACGGUAUUAAACAAGACUCAUCUCCUGCUCGAACAGAUUUCCAUAGAACAGCAGAAAAGACACGUAAUAGACAGUAUUUGGAUCAAGAAGACGAAAGGAAUUCAUCCCAGUCAUGUCAGAUCCAAAAGACACGCCGGUCACCCCUUCCCCCAUCCCGAAGAACAAUGGCAAUGUAACAUGAAAGACCCUAGAUGCAAACAAAUUAGAUUAAAAGAGCUACAGAAGUCCAACAGAUUAAUUUAAUAUUGUUGUGGUCACUCAACAGUUCCAUUAUCAACAGCUGUGCAACAGUUGAGGACUUUGUUAUGUAAUGUAAUGUAUUUACAUUCUCUGUUGUCGCGAAUUUGAUUCAUAUUCAGAAAGGUUGAUCCCUAACGUUUCCUCAUAAUGUAACUAUUGGACGAAUAAAUAUAUUAUACAUAUCGGCUGCAUGUAGCGUCGCCCUGUCAUUCCCAAUUUGUGGAAUUCGUUUUCCUUUUGUGGGAACGUGCUCUUCGAGAGACCGGAGGCCUCGACAUGAUUCAGACUGGGGUUAUUUCCACCUCUUGGGGAUACAAUACAUACCCGAUCUCACCAUUCAUGUCGCCGGAAAGUGGCCGAGCAACAGCUGUCCCACACCACCUGCCCCCUUCCCUUUCCCGGAACUCCGUAUUCAAAUUACCCAUCGGAAGGCAGAUCGAAUGCCGGUUCCCAGAUAAAUUGAACUUGGCCGAGCUGAGCAAAGAGUUCUUUGAUGAGCCGAAUGGAAGAAGACAUCCACUCCCUCUUAUUUGGAGUCCGAGAGGAGAGUCCGCCCCUCCCACUCCUCGCCCCGAUUUCGCGCAGUGCCAUAAGCGGGAUAAGCGAGCAAAGCCGGUCGGCUUCGGUCAUCCGGGGGUCAGAGAUGGACGCCUUUCGAUCCGGGUAUCUCUGAAAAUAUAA